AAAGCGCGCUGUCUGGCUGCUCUCUGCUGCCGGUUUCACUGCUUUAACACUUUCUGUUCUGGAUUAACACACGACUUUUUAUUCUCGCUACGAAAUGGUAUCUGACUGAGAAGAGUUUUCUUUAAAGCUCGAGGUUUUUCCUGCCUGCGGCUUCCUCAGGUGACAGGAGUUGUUUGUUUGUUUGUUUGAGUUACCGCUUUAUUACUAUUAGCUCGCUUGCUAGCAGUUUCGGGGCUACAGCUAAAGAGCUUCCUCUGUAAAAGAAGCGGGAUCUGCUCUUCCAUGGAGUUAUCAGAAUCCUGGGUCACUUUUUAAACCCAGUCCGAAGGCAUUCUCUCCUGAGCCGGGUGGAAGAUGACCAGCACUUUAUUGGAUGUCCAGCAGCCGAACCAGAAGCUGGAGAUUAACCCAAGCAGCUCAGCUCAUGACAAGAAGAAAGUUGUGUUUUUGGAGCCACAAAAACAGUUAACAACUUUAGGAAAGGUCAUGGGACCUUUAUCCACACCUACGAAGGGCUCCGAGGCCUCGGGAGGGGAACCGUGGACACCGACAUCCAACCUGAAAAUGCUGAUCAGUGCUGCGAGUCCGGAAAUACGCAACCGAGAGAAGGAGAAGAACAGCGCUGAGGAAACGGAGAGCUCCUCUCAGGAUACUGAACAAGGGGAAGAAUCGGAGCGACUGCAGCUCAGCCGAAAAGAGAAAAGCCUCGGGUUGCUGUGUCACAAAUUUUUGGCUCGAUAUCCAGAUUAUCCGAAUCCAGCUGUAAACAAUGACAUUUGCCUUGAUGAUGUUGCUGUUGAACUGAAUGUGGAACGGCGGCGCAUUUACGACAUCAUGAACGUCUUGGAAAGCCUGAACAUGGUCAGCCGUUUGGCUAAAAACCGCUACACGUGGCAUGGUCGUGCCCAGCUAGCGCGCACACUAGCAUUACUGCAAAGAGAGGGAGAGAAACACCACUAUAGUCAGCAGAUCCAGCAGAUACGGCAGAGACAUGCAGAGGAUGUGCUGGAGAUGGAGGGAGAGGAGAAAGAGAAUGAGGACCCCGAUGGAGAAAUCCUACAGAGGGAGUCGAACUUCAGUGAAGCCUCCGUCGACGCUAAAGGGGCCAGCCGUAAGGAUAAGUCCCUGCGUGUGAUGAGUCAGAAGUUUGUUAUGCUCUUCCUGGUGUCAAGUCCACGUGUGGUGAGCCUGGAAAUCGCAGCCAAGAUCCUGAUUGGAGAAGACCAGGUGGUGGACCAGGACAAGAGCAAGUUCAAGACAAAGAUUCGUCGUCUAUAUGACAUCUCUAAUGUCCUCAGUAGUCUUAAACUGAUUAAGAAAGUGCAUGUGACGGAAGAACGAGGAAGAAAACCAGCAUUUAAAUGGACGGGACCAGAGAACCUGUCCUUACAGGGUUUGCAUGUUGAGGCGGCUUCUUGCCCUCAGCCCCUCGAAUCCCGCUCAUCUGUAGAUAACUGCACCAAAAAUCUUUUCUGCUCUCCCAGCACUAAACGAGGCUUUACACGACAUCAUUCACUGGUCAAGUUGGCCAAAAGCAUCCAGGAGGAUCGCCGGAAGAUCAACUCCGCUCCAUCGAGCCCCAUUAAAAUCACAAGUGAUGCAGCUAAUGGAAGUUUUUGUCUGAGUAAAAUGGAUCACCUCGCGGAGAUAUGUAAAAUCCAGCUGGACCAGCAAGCUGUGAAUAUUCGGAAGCAGAACGAUCCGAAAGAGGCUGCUCCGUUGCAACAGAAAAAUUCAGUGUUGUCACCCAUCACCCCUGCGAUGACCUCAGGGGCAGAAGCUUGUUCCCAGACAGUGCAGUUAUCGUUUGCACCUCCUCCCUGCUGCUCCCUUGUUCCUGUGCUGCUUCCCCAUGCUGUGUAUGUGAGCCACACCCCGGUCCGUCCUCGUCCUGUUGCCAGGCCUCUGCCCUCCAGCACCGCUGUGCGCUCCAUGACCUUUGAAAGCCCCAGAGGAGCAAAUGCACAGGAAUCGCCAGCAUCUGUAACAAUGACGGGCCAGAGGCUGCUGCACAGUUCCGAGCCGGCAAGUCCUACUCUGAAACGGAUGUGUUUAGAAAGUUUAGAAAGAAGUCCAGCUAAGAUUAAACGGACUGAGAUGAACUCUAAGAGCUUGUCCCCUAAGCUGUGUGAGAUCCUACAGGCUCGUCUGAAAGAUUGUAGAGGAGCCCUGAAUUCCAGCCGUGCCUCAGCGAGAGCGCUGCACCUUGAACCUGAAUUUAACAAAAAAACCCAUAAUAAACCUGACACUGUGGAGCAGAACAUGGAGCUACAGCACUUCCUGGAGACAGAGGAGCGGGAAGAGAAAAUCCAGAAUCGGGCCACACCUACUCUGCAAGACUCGACUGGACACACAAACGCAGAGACUCUGAUCCCUACAGGUUAUUACAUUCCAAUUUCCCAACAGCCUCUGCUUAGCUUUAAAGAGACUCUGACCUCCAGUGGAGAGACGAAUAAAACCCCAGCAUACAUCUAUCGCACACCAACUGCAGGUUCAGUAGCUCCUCCUCCUCAGGAGUUCACCCCAUCUCCUCUACCUGUCCAUCGCCCCACCCAUCGCAUCAGCCCAAACCCCUCCAUCCUGAACUUCACCCUGCAGAACCUUGCUCUGAUCCACAACACACACAGCACCACACACACCGCACCAGCACUGGAGCAGCCGAGCCCCAUACCUUGCACACAUGCUCACACACCGCUCCAAACGCAUGGCAUGAUCUUCAUCAAGCCCGUCUCGCCGCUCACACUCAUCAGCCUGCAACAGCCGGCCCUGACCACACCCAAAAGUGGCUCUGUCCCUCAGCAGUGCUUUUUCCAUACGCCAGUCUCCACCAUGGCCACGCCCACUGCCAGUAAGAGCCUGUACAUCCCUCAGAGGAAGCUGGACGUGAGCUCAGAUGAACACGGAGAUCAUCCACCCAUGACCACUAACAACUUCUGAAUUGUGUACGUGGCUGUUUUAAUUAUCUGAAUGUUUUGUAGCUUUGGCUUUACCUUUAUGACUUUCUGGUCCUCAUUUUUCACUUGGACCGUCCUGGAAAAAGAGAGCCGUGUGUGUCUCCAAAUAAACUUGAUCUUAGAAUUGAGGUGCUAGCAUUCUCUGGUUAGCUUUGUAAAAUUUCAGCACUGUAUUGGAAAUGUAAAAACUGUUUGAUUUGACAAAUAAAUAUAAGCCUUCUGGGCCAUAUGGGAAA